AUGACCAUGUCUUCAAUCGGCACCAUUGCUCUUCGGAGAUCCAACUCGCCCUCGCCGCCAACGGCCUUUCCUUCCCCGAUUACUGUUCCCAAAAGGGUGCUUCCGAAGCUCACGAGCACCACUACUUUCGCUUAUGAGCCUCGACCAUCCUCAAGCUCCUCUUUCGAUUUCAAUAGCCCUUCUUUCAGCCCUGCGGGCUUCUCCAUUGGCACCAAGACGCUUAAGAAACAGUCGUCAUGGGCCUCGGAAUCCUCGGUCGCCACGGCUUCAAGCGCUACCAUGCGCUCCACAACCUUUGAUAUUCCAACUUCCAAGUGGAACGUUGACAGCGAGCGGGUCAAAUCGCCCGGCGGCUACGACAAAUGGGGUGGAUUCAGCUGUGACGUCGCACACACUUCGCCGAAGGGCUUUUAUGUCCGCUCUAUUGAGGAGUUUCUCGGCGAGAGCACACCCACGAAGCGCCAGCGCUGA